GACAGUAUUACCAGCUGUUAACAAAGAAGGACAAGUUUGGCCAAGUGCGAGAAAAAUAAUGAAAGGCAUAGUAAAAAAUUGUCAUUAAAGAGCUGAAGCAAGCUGAUUUCAAACGUUGUCAAAAAGCAAAAGUGUACCUUCAGUUGUUGUGCGACUUGCGAAAGAGUGAAAAGGUGGGGACUCAGAAAUUGAUGGCUAAAACUGGAUUUAAAUUGGAGGGUUUGAGAAAAUUUACAGUUGCUGUGAGAGGUUUGCUUGUUCUAGCUUUAACUAUUGUUGCUUCUGGGGAGCAAAUUCCAUAUGAGACCACUUUGAGCAACAAUGGAACAACUCAUAGCUAUGAAUCAAGUUACUUAUUUGAUCUAUUCAAUAUUCUUUGGAGAAAGAGUGAGAUUCAUUACCACCAUGUUUGGCCUGAACUGGAAUUUGGGUGGAGGCUGAUUGUUGGUUCAGUAAUUGGAUUCUUUGGUGCUGCUUUUGGGAGUGUAGGAGGUGUCGGGGGAGGGGGUAUCUUUGUCCCCGUGCUUACUUUGAUCAUUGGAUUUGAUCCAAAAACAUCAACUGCAAUAUCAAAAUGUAUGAUCACUGGUGCAGCGUGUGCAACUGUCUAUUACUGUCUUAAGCUGAGGCAUCCAUCACUUGACCUGCCCAUCAUUGAUUAUGAUCUAGCUCUUCUUUUCCAACCAAUGUUGUUAUUGGGGAUCAGUAUUGGAGUUGUACUAAACGUACUUUUUGCUGAGUGGAUGGUUACAAUCUUAUUGAUCAUUCUUUUCUUAGCUGCAUCAACCAAGGCAUUCUUCAAGGGCGUUGAGACAUGGAAGAAAGAAACUAUUAUUAAAAAGGAAGCAGCUAGGCGCUUGACAUCUAAUGAUGCUGGUGUUGAAGAAGUUGCAUACAAGCUUAUACCUGGAGGUCUGAAAAAUGAUUCUACUUUUUCAAAGGAAGUUUAUAAAGCAAAGGAGGUCUCAAUUUUUGACAAUAUGUACUGGAAGGAUACCGCCAGACUUAUUGCUGUCUGGAUCAUAAUCCUAUUUCUGCACGUCUCCAAGAAUUAUGCCCCAACUUGUUCCACGACAUAUUGGACCUUAAGCCUCUUGCAGCUCCCCAUCGCUGUUGGAGCUUCUGCAUAUGAAGCUGUUUGCUUGUACAAGGGAUCAAGGGUGAUUCUUUCGAGUGGAGAAGCAGAAAUAACAUGGAAAGUGCAUCAGUUGAUUCUCUACUGUUGCUGCGGCAUUUUGGCUGGUAUAGUUGGUGGUCUGCUAGGUCUUGGUGGUGGAUUCAUUUUGGGUCCAUUGUUUCUGGAGAUAGGGAUUCCUCCUCAGGUAUCAAGUGCUACUGCUGCUUUUGUGAUGAUAUUUUCCUCCUCCAUGUCCGUCAUACAAUAUUACUUGCUAGGACGUUUUCCAGUACCAUAUGCACUGUAUUUUAUUGCCGUGGCCAGUAUUGCAGCCUUAGUAGGACAGCAUGUUGUACGAAAAAUAAUUAGCAUAGUUGGUAGAGCCUCUGUGAUUAUCUUCAUUUUGGCCCUCACAAUCUUUGUGAGCGCAAUAUCAUUAGGUGGAUUUGGCAUAGCAGACACGAUUAAAAAGAUCAACGAAGGACAACAUAUGGGGUUUGAUAAUAUAUGUGCAUAUAAUCCUUAGGCAAAAAAAUUGAAUUCAUUUCGUGUAUUUGGUCAUUAUGGUUGUCAGCUUCAGGAAAUCAACUUAGGCAUUAUAAAUGUAAAUUGUAUUUGAUGUGUACACAACUUAAAAUCGAUUGUUCACAUUGACGGAGCCAAUUUGCAGUAUUUGUAAAUGCUCGUCUAUGAUUGAU